UCAAAACAACAUGGCUGCCUCCUUGUGUUCGCAUUUUUGAGUUUCUCUGCUUUAGUUACCGAGUCAGACAGGUCACUCGAUAUUACUUUCCGCGUGUAUGAAGUGCUAAGUGUCACAGAGCCAUGAUCAUCUCCGUUAUAACUUUAUUAACGUUUUCUUUGUCCGUUGUGUCUGCUGCUGAAAUAUCAGGGUCUUUGAACAAUGCCUGGCUUUAUGCUGAAGCUUCCCUUUUGGCAGUGUGGCACAACAGAUUAUACUUGUACACUGCAGCUGCCCUCCUUAUUGGGUUAUGGUUAACUGUUAACAUGACCAGGAAAAAGAAGGAGCAGAUCAAUUCUGUAAAAGCCCAAGUUUCCAACUCUGAGAACCAGAAGGAGAAAAUAACUGGCAAAGAGAAGCCUGUACAUGUUGCAGGUGUCCGAAUUUUCUAUGGGUCGCAGACAGGAACUGCAAAGGGUUUUGCCAGCGAACUCGCAGAUAAUGUCCAGGCGCUCGGGUUCCAGUCUGAUGUAAUUGACUUGAAGGAUUAUGACCCUGAGGACAAAUUGUCAGAUGAGUGCACCAGUAAAAUGAUUUGUGUGUUCCUCAUGGCCACGUACACUGAAGGCAAGCCCACAGAGAACGCUGAAUGGUUCUGUAAAUGGCUGGAGGAGGCAUCCACAGACUUCCGCUAUGGCAAAACCUAUCUGAAAGGAAUGAGAUAUGCUGUCUUUGGGCUGGGGAACUCUGUAUAUGCCGGCCAUUACAACACGGUCAGCAAAAAUGUGGACAAGUGGCUGUGGAUGCUGAGUGCAGCACGUGUCAUGACCCGCUGCGAAGGCGACUGCGACGUGGUAAAAAGCCGGAAUGGCAGCAUCCAGGCUGACUUCCAGGCAUGGAGAGAUGAUUUCCUGAAGCGCCUUCAAGCCCUGGCCAAGGGUGAGAAGAAGAAGUGCAGCGGCAAGUGCAAAAAAGGCUCGUGCAAGAGUAAAAAGAAGCACCACGAGGACGGGGAAGACGAAAGGCACAGCUCUGAGGAGUUGUACGAGUCCAGCAGUGAUUCAGAGUCUGGAAGCGAAGAGGAAAAAACUCAUGGCUCUGUCAUAGACAUGGAGGAUCUUGGAAACGUCAUGAACCACAUGAGGAAAGCUAAGAAACAAAUGGAGGAGGACCCUUCUCAGCUGGGUGAACUGUCAAAACUGAAUGGAUCAAAGAAGACUGAGCCUGAGGAAGAGGGGAGAGAGAUGAUCACUUCAGCACUGAGAGAAGCGCUCACUAAGCAAGGAUAUAAACUAAUAGGCAGUCACUCUGGGGUAAAGCUGUGUCGUUGGACCAAGUCCAUGCUGAGAGGGAGAGGAGGAUGCUACAAACACACAUUUUACGGCAUUGAAUCUCACCGGUGUAUGGAGACCACUCCCAGUCUGGCCUGUGCCAACAAGUGUGUUUUUUGCUGGAGACACCACACGAACCCUGUAGGCACUGAGUGGCGUUGGAAGAUGGACCCUGCUGAGAAGAUCUUUCAGGAAGCGUUGGAGAAUCAUCGCAACAUGAUCCGCCAAUUCCGAGGUGUCCCAGGAGUUCGGCCUGAGCGUUUUGAGGAGGGUUUGGCAGUAAAGCACUGUGCACUGUCUUUAGUGGGCGAGCCCAUCAUGUACCCAGAGAUCAACUCCUUUCUGCGUCUCCUCCACCAGUGCAAAAUCUCCAGCUUCCUAGUCACCAAUGCCCAGUUCCCUGAAGAGAUCAGGAGCCUGAUGCCAGUCACCCAGCUGUAUGUGAGUGUAGAUGCCAGCACCAAGGACAGUCUGAAGCGGAUAGACCGUCCUCUUUUCACAGACUUCUGGCAGCGUUUCCUGGACAGUCUCAAAGCCCUUGGAGUGAAGCAACAACGCACAGUAUACCGCCUGACCCUGGUGAAGGCCUGGAACGUAGACGAGCUGAAAGCCUAUGCUGAGCUUAUUGCACUAGGCCAGCCAGACUUCAUUGAGAUUAAGGGAGUAACCUACUGUGGCGAGAGCUCAGCCAGCAAUCUGACAAUGGCCAACGUGCCCUGGCAUGAGGAAGUCGUCCACUUUGUGCAGCAGCUCGCCGACCUCCUGCCCGACUACGACAUCGCCUGCGAACACGAGCACUCUAACUGCAUUUUACUGGCCCAUCAUAAGUUUAAAGUGGAUGGAGAGUGGUGGACCUGGAUUGACUACGAGCGUUUCCAUGAGCUUAUUCAGCAGUACGACGAGAGUGGUGGGACCAAGACCUUCACCAGUCUGGACUACAUGGCCAAGACGCCCAGCUGGGCCGUGUUCGGGGCUCAAGAGAGGGGUUUCGACCCCUCAGACACACGCUUCCUGAGGAAAAACAAGACCAAAGACAUCUCCGGGUGCUGAUGUCAAACACUGGCAGCUGAAUCUCUUUUUCUGAAUUCUCUUGUUUAACAUCUGCAUAAGAUAGAUGCAUUUUAGACAAACUUUAUUUAAAGGAAUUUAGACUUGAAGAUCUGUCUGAAUUAUUAUUCUAUAUAUAAUAAUAGAAUUUUUAAGGAUUAUCCCAUGUCGUUAAGAAGUACUCACUCGUGUUCCCUUGCCGUUUAUAGAUUUCUCAUUUUUACUGUAUGCUAGGUUUGAAACAUCACAUUCAUAAUCCAUAAUGUGGAUGUGCUUUGCAUUAACAAUUAAGUCCUGUCAUUUCUCUCAUUUUUUCACCUUCACCUGUUUCUGGUUUCUUUUUGUCCCCAGCCUUGUUUUAGUCUGCGCCAAAAUAUUCUUUUAUUUUUUCUAUUUAAUUAAAAUGUCACUUCACACACUGGGUAGUUCUUUUGUGCAAAAUUAGCAUAAGGCCAACUGUGUCAUGAGCUUUCAUUUCCAGAAUUCAGUCAGGGAAGCUAAUAUUGCAGUGACAUUGGCACUGCAGUUUUUUUUUUUCUCCCUUAUAGAUUCCUGCUGUGAAUGUAGGUGUUAAUUGAUUUUCUUUUUUGUGUGUGUGACUUCUCAUUAUGUUUUGUUCAAGGAGCUUUUAUUAUUUUGAGCUUGACUUGACUUGCUUCAUGGUUAUAUCUGGAUUUCAAUGGCAGUUGCAGAAUAUAAGCAUAUCAUGUGAUUUGUCAUUGCACUAACUGCAUUUUCCACACCUUUCUAUUUUUAGAUUGCUCAAAGGGUGUCUUAAAAGGUAACUGUUUUAACUGCUUGUACCUGAAAGUGUGGUGCCUUUUGAAUUUUUUGAAUAAAAUAUAUUGUACUUACUAAA